GCGCCGGCGAUGCCGCGCCCCCGGGCCGGGCUGUAGCGGGGCCGCGGCGGAGCGCGCGCCGGGUAGGCCGGACAUGGAGGUGGUGGACGAGACUGAGGCGCUGCAGCGCUUCUUCGAAGGCCACGACAUCAACGGUGCCCUGGAGCCCUCCAACAUCGACACCAGCAUCCUGGAGGAGUACAUCAGCAAGGAGGAUGCCUCCGACCUCUGUUUCCCGGACAUCUCUGCUCCAGCCAGCACGGCCUCCUACCCCCACGGGCAGCCCGCCGUCCCUGGAGCCAGCGGGGGCCACCACCUGAGCCCCUCUGGGGGCGGACCCUCCCCGGGGCGCCAUGGCCCCCUCCCCGCCCCGAGCUACAGCGCCCCGCUCAACUGCAACAACAACAAUGCCAUGGGCACCGCUCCCAAGCCCUUUCUGGGGGGCUCUGGGCCCCCCAUCAAGGCAGAGCCCAAGGCUCCCUAUGCCCCAGGCACCCUGCCGGACUCUCCCCCAGACUCGGGCUCCGAGGCCUACUCCCCGCAGCAGGUGAAUGACCCCCAUCUGCUGCGCACCAUUACCCCUGAGACCCUGUGCCACGUGGGAGUGCCCUCCCGCCUGGAGCACGCACCACCACCACCUCCAGCCCACCUGCCAGGCCCUCCACCCCCCCCACCCCCCCCACCCCACUACCCCGUCCUGCAGCGGGACCUGUACAUGAAGCCCGAGCCCCCGAUGCCCCCCUACGCUGCCAUGGGGCAGGGGCUGGUGCCCCCCGACCUCCACCACACACAGCAGUCCCAGAUGCUGCAUCAGCUGCUGCAGCAGCACGGAGCUGAGCUCCCCACACACCCCUCCAAGAAGAGGAAGCACUCCGAAUCGCCUCCCAACACCCUCAACGCCCAGAUGCUGAAUGGAAUGAUCAAACAGGAGCCGGGAACCGCCACCACCCUGCCCCCACACCCGGCUCGAGCCCCAUCCCCACCCUGGCCUCCCCAGGGCCCACUGUCACCCGGCCCCGGCUCCUUGCCCCUCAGCAUCGCCCGGGUCCAGACACCACCUUGGCACCCACCAGGCGCCCCCUCCCCAGGUCUCCUGCAGGACAAUGACAGCCUUAGCGGCUCCUAUCUGGAUCCCAACUACCAGUCCAUCAAGUGGCAGCCGCACCAGCAGAACAAGUGGGCGACACUGUACGACGCCAACUACAAGGAGCUGCCGAUGCUCACUUACCGCGUGGACGCUGACAAGGGUUUCAACUUCUCGGUGGGCGACGACGCCUUUGUGUGUCAGAAGAAGAACCACUUCCAGGUGACGGUGUACAUCGGGGUGCUGGGGGAGCCCAAGUACGUCAAGACGCCCGAAGGCCUCAAGCCCCUCGACUGCUUCUACCUGAAACUGCACGGAGUGAAGUUGGAAGCUCUAAACCAGUCCAUCAACAUUGAGCAGUCACAGUCUGACCGAAGCAAGCGGCCCUUUAACCCUGUCACGGUCAAUCUGCCCCCUGAGCAGGUCACGAAGGUGACUGUGGGGCGCUUGCACUUCAGCGAGACCACCGCCAACAACAUGCGCAAGAAGGGCAAACCUAACCCAGACCAGAGGUACUUCAUGCUGGUGGUGGCGCUCCAGGCCCACGCACAGAACCAGAACUACACGCUGGCCGCCCAGAUCUCAGAGCGCAUCAUCGUAAGGGCGUCCAACCCAGGCCAGUUUGAGAGUGACAGCGACGUGCUGUGGCAGCGGGCGCAGGUGCCCGACACUGUCUUCCACCAUGGGCGUGUGGGCAUCAACACGGACCGACCCGACGAGGCGUUGGUCGUGCACGGAAAUGUCAAGGUCAUGGGCUCGCUCAUGCACCCCUCGGACCUGCGGGCCAAGGAGCACGUGCAGGAGGUGGACACCACGGAGCAGCUGAAGAGGAUCUCACGCAUGCGUCUGGUGCAGUACAGAUACAAGCCCGAGUUUGCGGCCACCGCAGGCAUCGAGGCCACGGCCCCAGAGACGGGUGUCAUUGCCCAGGAGGUGAAGGAGAUCCUGCCUGAGGCCGUGAAGGACACUGGAGAUGUGGUCUUUGCCAAUGGGAAAACAAUAGAGAACUUCUUGGUGGUGAACAAGGAGCGCAUCUUCAUGGAGAACGUGGGCGCCGUGAAGGAGUUGUGCAAGCUCACAGACAACCUGGAGACGCGCAUUGACGAGCUGGAGCGCUGGAGCCACAAGCUGGCCAAACUGCGGCGGCUGGACAGCCUCAAGUCCACUGGCAGCUCCGGCGCCUUCAGCCAUGCGGGGAGCCAGUUCAGCCGGGCGGGCAGUGUCCCUCACAAGAAGAGGCCCCCCAAGGUGGCCAGCAAGUCGUCAUCUGUGGUCCCAGACCAGGCCUGCAUCAGCCAGCGCUUCCUACAGGGGACCAUCAUUGCCCUGGUGGUGGUCAUGGCCUUCAGCGUGGUGUCCAUGUCCACACUGUACGUGCUGAGCCUGCGCACCGAGGAGGACCUCGUAGAAACCGAUGGCUCUUUUGCCGUGUCCACUUCCUGUCUUCUGGCCCUGCUCCGGCCCCAGCACCCUGGGGGGAGUGAGGCCAUGUGCCCAUGCAGGUCCAGCCAGAGCUUCGGGACCACUCAGCUCCGCCAGUCCCCUGUGACCACCGGGCUGCCGGGCACACAGCCCUCUUUGCUGCUGGUUACCACCGGCCUGAGCAGCUCAGCCCCAGGUUCAGUCAUCCCGACUUUGGACCUGUGCUCCAGCCGCCCUUGUCCAGUCGUCUGCUGCUCCUCCUCCACCCCCAGCCCUACCGCUGCCCCUGGUCUUGGCUCCAGCUUUAACCCUGGCCAUGGCCUCAGCCCCAGUCCCAGCCCCUCCACCAACCGCUCAGGCCCCAGCCAGAUGGCCCUGCUGCCGGUCACCAACAUCAGAGCCAAGUCCUGGGGCCUGUCGGCCAAUGGUAUUGGCCACUCCAAGCACCCAAAGAGCUCAGAGCCUCUGGCCAGCCCUGAAGUCCCCUUCCCUGGAGGGCAGGGCAAAGCCAAGAACAGCCCCAGCCUUGGUCUCCAUGGCCGGGCCCGCCGAGGGGUUCCCCAGGUGGGCCUGAGCCCUGCUCCGCCCACUGAGGCCCAGGGCCAGCCAGACCCAGUGCCCUCCCUGACCUCCAUCCAGGUGCUGGAGAACUCAAUGCCCAUCACGUCCCAGUACUGCGCUCCAGAGGAUGCCUGCAGGCCUGGAAACGUCACCUACCACAUCCCCGUCAGCAGCGGCACCCCGCUGCACCUCAGCCUGACCCUGCAGAUGAACUCUUCGUCUCCCGUGUCUGUGGUGCUGUGCAGCCUGAUGUCAGAGGAGCAGCCGUGUGAGGAGGGCGGCUUAACACAGAGCCUGCACACCCACCGGGACACCCAGGGCACGUCCCACCAGUGGCCAGUAACCAUCCUGUCUUUCCGAGAAUUCACCUACCACUUCCGGGUGGCACAGCUGGGUCAGGCCAACUGCAGCGCGGAGGCCCCGGUCCGGCCGGCCACAGACUACUACUUCCACUUCUACCGCCUGUGUGACUGAGCUGCCCCCACCCCCCACGGCAGCACCACACCACAGCCCGGGCCGGGCCCUGGGCACCCCUUCCACACUGGACGCGGUGGUGUUACACUGGAGCCUGCCGCCCGCCAGCUCUCUGCCGUUCACUGGCACCCCCUGGAGAGACUGAGCCGGGCUCGGCCCUCCCCACCACUGGUGAAACUGGAAGUCUUCACACUGGAGUUGCUGUUCCUGCUGGUUGCCCCUCACACGCCACCGGGGGGGGGGGGGGGCAGAGACCUCCUGGGGCCAGGACAGGACCCAUUCCUAUCUGUGCGGUUAUGGUGGCCGGAGGGCUGGCCUCAGGUGCCCUGGACGCAAGGGUAAGCCUGUGACUGUGCAGAGCUUGCCUCCCACCCCCACUCCUUUGGAGAGGGGCCCUGCUGACUUUGGUAUCAGCCGGGGAGUUGGAUGGAGCCCUAAACGACUCGGCUGGCUGCAUGGGUCAGUGGAGGGGACACCGCCAUCCCCGCACAGCUGCUCCCCGUGGGUGGCGAGGCGGUUUGACUGUUACGCUGGCCUUGGGACUUUUAAGCUUUAAGGGCAGCCCCGGAGGACUCUUCUCCCUGGGGCAUGAGCUCCCAGGACAGCCGAAGCCAGCCCUGGACGGGUUGGCGACACUGACCAUGUGCCUUAUGUCUACUUUGUGCCUGGCUGAACCAGUGAGGGAGGGGGGUGGCGGGCUAGGUAAGCCCUGGGCCCUGGAGGAUUCUGGAAGGGAAGCCCCCCUCCGCCGCCCCAUAGUGUUAGGGUCCCAUGGCCUGGGAGCUUCCAGAGCUUUGCAGCCGUACUGGGGCCUCCUCAUCCUCUCUGGGCAGAGAACAGGAGCCCCUGCAAGGCAGCCGGCUGGCCUUGGCUGGUGCGUGGAUGCAAAGAGGUUUGCGGUUAUUAGUGGAAUAAUUACUAAAAUGCACUUAAGCCAGAGGAGGAGUGGAGGUUGGAGAUGGAAAGCCCGGAGCAGUGACAGGGCCCUGGCUCCGACCCAUCCCAGGGAGGCGUGAGACACCCGGGCCACUCCCCACCACCAAGACUCUGGCUUCUCCCUUCGUACUUGUCUCCCCAGAUCAAGGGCUCCCAUGUUGGGUCCAGACAGCUGAGCUGGAGGGGACCCAUGCUCUGCAGCAGGCCGGUCUCCAUGCGCUUGCUCCUCGUAGAAGCGGAGCAGUGGGCUGGUAUUAGGAAGAAGUCUGGUCUCAAGUGCCAAUGUUAAGUUAACCCUUCUUAGGGAUGCCUGGGGCAUUGAGGCCACAUCCAGGCUCACAGAAGGAUAUGGAAAUCACUGAGCCACGUCUACAUGGGUUCAGGAAGGGGACCGGGCAUUGGGGUCCCUGCUCUGUGGCAUUCUGCCACCUCUUGGGAGACAGGCCUUACCCCUCUCUGAACUCUCAUUCUCUACUUUGAAUGGGAGGCCUUCCUGUGGGGAGCUGGACCUUGGAGCCUGGGAACGGCAGGCCCCUUCUGGCAUGGUCUCAAAGCACUUAUCCUCAGGGGCAUUGGGGGGUGGCAGGGCUACCCCGCCUCCCAGCCCCCUCCCCAACGUGGCUCGACUCCUCUAUUCUGACAUAGGACUUCAUGGUUCCCCAUGCCACGCAGAGGGCCAGGCCUUCCUUAGGAUGACUCUGUUCUCCCUCCCCCAGACUGGGGGAACUUCCCCCCACCGAAAUGCCUUACAACUGCUGAGCCCUGCCCUUUGUAAUAGGAUCCUGGGGUUUCGUCAGUGAGGGUGCCUGGCCUUGGACUGUGGGCCCUCAGUCCUGAACUGGAACGUGACCCCCCCACUGCCCCUAGGAACCCUUCUGGACACAGCAUAGCCCCAAUCUGGUUAGCAGCUGGCUGUUUCCAUGCCUGAGGAGGGGUCCUCAGUGCAAGGAUUGGGGCCACGCGGGGGGCUCCAAGCUGCUCGGGGCGGGGGGGGGGGCUCAACCUUGGACCAAAGUUUGCCUUAAGCCCAGUAAGGCAGAUGGGCUUCGAGGAAGGGGAGCAGGUCACCUGCUGGAGGCGGACAGCUGCCCGGCUGGCACUGGUAAGUGGGUGUCCGGCAGGCAUCCCUCCCUUCCCCUCUCCCCCGUGGCAUUUAUUCCCCUAGCCACUGGGCUGAUCUCCCCGGAGCUUCCAGCUGUACAUAGGGCCUCUCACUGCACGAGUCCCUCUGCCCACAGUAUGCCCGCCCCAUAAAAGCCUGCGUGUGCAUAGAGCGCCCCUCCCCCCCAGUUAACUCCCAUUCCUGUCCCUGAGUGCUGACUCCUAUUUAUCACGUACCAGCUCUGACUCUGGAGUGGGUAGAGGGAAGCAGCCCCGGGCCUGCUUGCUUCCUGGCCCUGUUCUUUCCUUCUGAAGUAAAUAUACAUAUAUAAAUAAAUGUAUAAAUAUGGCUUUGUACCUGA